UGUAGGUCUAACUGCUGUGUGAAGAAAUUGUUACGGACAUUAUAAGUACUAAUUGGAACUGCUCCAGAUGGAAGCAAACAAAACUGAAGCAGGACACCAGAGUGAUAGGAAUAGCUCUGGAUGCACCAAGAGCUUGGAGCUGACUGUGGAGGGCAGGUCUAGCAGUUUGGUAUUCAUUGUUAAACUUCCUUGUGGUAACUGUGUUCGAGUUAUGUAAGAGGAUAAAGCUGUCACCGCACAUCUAGUCUACCAAUCAAUUGCCUCUGGCUGCAGCCGACGCCUCUCCACCACCCCCCCCUCAACCCCCCAGCUAUUUAGGGACCAUUGUUCACACUAUCCCUCCCAGCACUUCGCCCUUGUCCACCAUCUCAUCUCCGGAGCUUUUCCCCAUUUCCCUUCCCGGUGCCCUCCUCCUCCUGUACAGCUGGUUCCUCGGCUUUAAUUGUCCCUGCUCUCUCUUGCUUGCUGGUCCUCCAGCUGUCUGGCUCUCUGCCGUCUCCGGCUUUAUCCACCUGUGAGUCUCACGCUUGCCCCUCCAGGUGCGCACCCUGUUAGCCUGAGCUCCGCUAGGCGUGCGCGUUGAGUUCUUGGGAAAGCAAGAUCGCUUAGUUGGAGAAACUUCAGCCGCUAGGUUUGCGGUGAGCAUUGCAUCCACGCCUGGCGAUCGACACCCGGGUGAGGCUGGGCCAGGUGACUGCGCUUUGAGCGAUGGGCUGCUCCAGCAGCGCCCUCAACAAGGCGGGCGACAACAGCAGGUUCGGCAGCGGAGUACCUUCGAGUGAGAAUUCUUCCACUGUAGAACAAAACAAGUUCUGUGUAGCCCAACCUAAACCAUGUACACCAGGAGGAGAAGCUGCCUUUCAUGGCAACGCACAAAGGGAAAGCCAUCCUUCACUAGAGAGGCCCAAGGCUUCAGUGGUGCCUACAGCCAAUGGUAUUAAAUCCUACCACCAACCAUCUCUGGCAAAUGAUGAGACCCCUGGAAAGGAAGCCACAGGCCACUCAAGACCCACAAAGAAGAUCGAGCCUCUAGUGCAAGGGGGAGAAUGUGAGCUACCUCAGCCAGGAGGCAAAGAUGACAUGCUGGAAACUGAAGAAGUGAAGAACGAUGUGGAAGCAAGGACAGAAGUCCAGUCUUUAAAAGGAAAUGUUGAGAUUGAGCCUCUGAGAAUGUCAUCAGAGAGGGACUCCCCUGGAGCAGGGGAAGGCACCCAGCUUCCACAGGCUGGAACGAUGGAGUUUCUACAAACAGCCGAGAACAUUCUGCCUCUGGGAACAGCUCAGGAGCUACCACCACCUGAAGAAGCAAUGGGAAAGGACGCACAGCCCCAGAAUCUAGAAGCAAUUCCCAAAGAGAACAGCUCUCCAGAAAUAUUGGCAGAAUAUCCAUUUGUGGGAGACGUUGAGCAAAAGGAACUUCAAGAGAUCCUGAGAAAGGACAAGGAGUUCCAACUUUUAGAAACAAUCCCCAAAGAGAACAGCUCUUCAGAAACAGCAGAAGGGAGCAUAUCUGCAGAAAGCAGUGAAAACCAGCAACUUUCAGAAACACCAGGCGAAGCUGAGCAGCCCCAAGUUCUAGAAAUAGUUCUCAAAGAGAAUGAAACACCACAGGUGCCAGACAGAAACCAGCCGGUGCCAGCACCAGUAAAGAACAAAUUACCCUGUAAAGCUCCUGAUGGUAUCGGAGAUGCCCACGAAUCUCAACCUCAAGUAACAGGUGGAAACAGGAUACAGCCAACCAGAAAUGGAGAGACAGCAGCAAAGGUGGAAAUGGCCAGAGAAAUCCACCCUGAUAAAGAGGAGCAACACAUUGAAGGCGAGACAGGAGAAAAGGUGGAAGCAGAGAUGAAAAAUGAGAAAGAAAGUGAAGAAGCUGAAACCAAAGAGAAAGAAACAGGAGAAGCUGUGGAUCUUGGAGCAGCAGGGGCUGGCGGCGACAGAAGGGCUUAG